UGUUUUGGCCGGAUCUGCCGCUUGACCUGGCCUCCGAGAUUAGCUGUCCACUACUGCUCGUACGAGGCCCUCCUCCUCGUGCCCGCGGAGCUUCUCGGGACGUGUUGAGAGUCGCUUUCUUCUUGGCCAUCUUCUCUUGAUUUCACAACUCCGUCUCCCUCGCCUCACCCUUGCCACCGCGCGGAGGUGUUGGCACAGGUCCGGCAGAUUCACAAUGUCAUCCUUUCAAGAAGUCCCAUUGCAGACUUCCAACUUUGCGCAUGUCAUCUUUCAAAAUGUGGCUAAAAGUUAUCUUCCUAAUGCACACCUGGAGUGUCAUUACACCUUAACUCCUUAUAUCCAUCCACAUCCCAAGGAUUGGGUUGGAAUAUUCAAGGUUGGAUGGAGUACUGCUCGUGAUUAUUACACAUUUUUAUGGUCCCCUAUGCCUGAACAUUAUGUGGAAGGAUCAACAGUCAAUUGUGUACUAGCAUUUCAAGGAUAUUAUCUUCCAAACGAUGAUGGGGAAUUUUAUCAGUUCUGUUAUGUGACCCAUAAGGGUGAAAUUCGGGGAGCAAGUACUCCUUUCCAGUUUCGAGCUUCUUCUCCAGUUGAAGAGUUGCUUACUAUGGAAGAUGAAAGCAGUUCUGAUAUGCUGGUGGUGACCACAAAAGCUGGCCUUCUUGAGUUGAAAAUUGAGAAGACUCUGAAAGAAAAAGAAGAAUUGUUAAAGUUAAUUGCUGUUCUUGAAAAAGAAACAGGACAACUUCGGGAACAAGUUGGAAGAGUGGAAAGGGAACUGAAUCAAGAGAAAGAAAGAUGUGAGCAGCUGCAAGCUGAGCAAAAGGGCCUUAUUGAAGUAUCCCAAAGUUUGAAAAUAGAAAAUGAAGAGUUUAUGAAGAGAUACAGUGAUGCUUCGUCUAAAGCUCUCCAGCUGGAGGAAGAUAUUGUGUCAGUGACACAUAAAGCAAUUGAAAAAGAAACGGAAUUAGACAGUUUAAAGGAUAAGCUUAGGAAGGCACAGCAUGAAAGAGAACAACUUGAAUGUCAGUUGAAGACUGAAAAGGAUGAGAAGGAACUUUAUAAGGUGCAUUUGAAAAAUACAGAAAUAGAGAAUACCAAGCUUGUGUCAGAGAUCCAAACUUUAAAGAAUUUAGAUGGAAACAAAGAAAGUAUGAUUUCUCAUUUCAAAGAAGAGAUUGGCAGGUUGCAGUUAUGUUUGGCUGAAAAGGAAAAUCUGCAAAGGACUUUCCUGCUUACAACCUCAAAUAAAGAAGAUACAUUUGUUUUAAAGGAGCAACUUCGUAAAGCAGAGGAACAGGUUCAGGCCACCCGGCAGGAAGUUAUCUUUCUGGCUAAAGAACUUAGUGAUGCUGUCAACGUGCGAGAUAAAACAAUGGCAGAUCUUCACACGGCACGCUUGGAAAAUGAGAAGAUGAAGAAGCAGUUAGCUGAUGCCAUGGCAGAGCUUCAGCUACGUGCUGUGAAAAAAGAUCAGGAGAAAAGUGACACACUGGAACAUGAACUGAGAAGAGAAGUUGAAGAUCUGAAACUCCGACUUCAGAUGGCUGCAGAUCAUUAUAAAGAAAAAUUUAAGGAAUGCCAGAGGCUCCAAAAACAAAUAAACAAACUUUCAGACCAAGCAGCCAAUAAUAAUGUCUUGACCAAGAAAACUGGGAAUCCACAGAAAGUUAAUGAUGUUUCAAUAAACACAGACCCAUCCUCUUCUGCUUCUGCCAUAGAUAUAAAGUCACCACAAACUUCUGCAGCAGAGGUAGAUUUUGAUAUGCUAACAAAAAAUCAAGUUUGUGAAAUGACCAAAGAAAUUGCUGACAAAACAGAAAAGUAUAAUAAAUGUAAACAACUCUUACAGGAUGAGAAGACCAAAUGCAGUAAAUAUGCUGAUGAACUUGCAAAAAUGGAGCUGAAAUGGAAAGAACAGGUGAAAAUUGCUGAGGAUGUGAAACUUGAGCUAGCUGAAGUAAAGGACAACUAUAAAGAACUUAAAAGAAGUGUAGAAAAUCAACAAGAAAGGAAGAAGGACGGUCAGAGCUCCCAGCAGUUCUCACAGUGUCUCAACACAUUCUCAGAGCAAAAUGGGCUUGUUCCUGCACUGCCAAGUGCAAAGCCAGUUCUGCAGUAUGGUAAUCCUUAUGCAACACAGGAAACAAGAGAUGGAGCAGAUGGUGCUUUUUAUCCAGAUGAAAUGCAAAGACCACCUGGGAGAGUGGCCUCUUGGGAAGACAGUGUUGUUUGCAGCCAGCCUGCUCGAAAUCUUAGUCGGCCUGAUGGUUUAGAAGACCCUGAGGACAGCAAAGAAGAUGAGAAUGUGCCCAUUGCUACUGAUCCACCAAGUCAGCAUUUACGUAGCCAUGGAACAGGCUUUUGCUUUGAUUCCAGCUUUGAUGUUCACAAGAAGUGUCCCCUAUGUGAAUUAAUGUUCCCUCCCAACUAUGAUCAGAGCAAAUUUGAAGAACAUGUUGAAAGUCACUGGAAGGUGUGCCCAAUGUGCAGCGAGCAGUUCCCUCCAGACUAUGACCAGCAGGGGUUUGAAAGGCAUGUUCAGACCCAUUUUGAUCAGAAUGUUCUAAACUUUGACUAGCUUUUAUUAUGAAUUAGAACAGUUUAGCAGUUAAAUAUCACAUCAAAUAGACCACUAACUAAGGAGAAUAUAAAUAUCACUUUCAUGCAUCCUGUUCUGCACUUUUCUGAUCGAGAAUUACUUUUGAGUUUGGUGUUACUAGGGUCAGGCUACAUAUUUGAUUCAUCAAUAAAUACAGUUUUAGUCUCUUUUACUUUACCUGCUUUAAGAAAAAUUCUUGUGUGUGUAUAUCUAUGCCUCAUUUAGCAAAAUUUUAUGAAAAAAAAGGAUACAGGAAUUAUUUUAAUGUUACUGAACUAAAAGAUAUAUAUGUAUAAUGGUGAAAUAGAUUGCUUAGCAGGAUAUUUACAAGUUUCUGUUGGCCUUGUUGAUUGAGCAUGACUACUACCUAUGUAAUAAAAAGCAUUGAUCAUAACAGUUUUGUGAAGUACUUCUUUUAAUACAAAAAAGUCUAAUUUAAUUCAUGAAAUUGUAGCUUUUAAAAUCUUAAGAUUUAAGUUCAUGUGGAAUGAGAUCACAUGCUUGAAAAUGUGUUUAUAUGUAUUGGCUUUAGGAAUUAAUAGAAGGCAUAUUUUGCUCAUUUUAUAACAAAAAAUUUGAAUAAUCUGAUUAUUUUAAAAUUUCACUGAAUUUGUAUUUAUAAUUAAUAAGAAAAUGGACCAAGAUAAGUCAGUAUCAUUUGUUUUCAUAUUAAAUGACCUCUUAAGUGGUGUUUGUGGGAUAAAAUGGCAAAAUAUCAGUAUAUUUUUCAUUUUCCUGAUGAGACUAUAUAAUAGCAUUUUCAGUAAAUGAUUAAAUACUUAAUGUGUUUCUAGUUGUCUCUGUGUAGUAUACUCAUUAACAUUAAAGACAGGUCUGUAA